AUGGGCAUUCCAUUGAGAAUUACAGGAAUCAAAACUGUGUACGCUAUAGUUAAAUUCACCGGCAGAAGAAAUACAGUGUCUCUUCUGCAUCCCCAAAAUGGGCUGGGUGCUUAUGCAUUGUUCCAUACGAGGAAGGAAGAUGUUUUGAUGCUGACAAAACGAAUAUCCGAUUACUCACUGAAGGGGGAGGUUGAUUAUGCAAGAACAAUAUUUGAAGAGAUGAGUCACCCAGACACUGUUUCUUGGAAUGUGAUGAUAAGAGGGUAUGUUGAAAACCAUAGGAUUGGGGACGCAAGGGAGUUGUUUGAUAAAAUGCCUGUUAGGAGUUCUGUUUCUUGGAAUACCAUGAUCAUGGCUUACGCCAAAGAAGGAAAGACACAUAUUGCAAUGAAACUUUUCAUAGUCAUGCCAGAUAAAGAUGUCGUCAGCUGGACAGCGAUCAUCACUGCAUUAUCUCGAGGUUCACAUAUUGAAGAUGCGUGGCGCUUGUUUAAGCUGAUGCCAGAGCCUAGUUCAGUCUCCUGGGCUUCAAUCAUUUCAGGUUUUCAACAGAAUGGGCUGGCUGCUGAAACUUUGUGUCGUUUUAAAGAAAUGUUGUCAGUGGGAGUUCAACCCACUUCACAUUCCUUUACUAGUGCUUUAACUGCUUCUGCAGAUUUAGCUAUGCUUUCAUUGAGCCAACAACUCUACUCUCAACUCCUUAAAAGAGGCUUUGAGAGCAAUACCCACAUUGGGAAUUCGGCCAUUUCUAUGUUCAUAAAAUCUGGUAGUUUCCGUAAUGCAAGACGUGUCCUUGAGGAUUUACCUCAACCUGAUAUUGUUACUUGGAAUGCUAUGGUUGUGGGCUAUGGGCAGAAUGGUUAUGGUAUUGAGGCAAUUAUGAGUUUCCAUCAGAUGCAAAAAGCUAAAUUCCUUCCAGAUAGGGUAAGUUUCCUGGGACUCUUACAUGGGUGUAGCCACUGUGGAUAUGUAGAGAAAGGGAAGCAAUAUUUUCAUAGUAUGGAAUCCAAUUAUGGGAUCUCGCCAGGACCUGAGCACUAUGCCUGCAUGGUCGACCUCCUUUCAAGGGCUGGAUUUCUCAAAGAAGCACAUAAGUUGAUAAAGGAAAUGCCCUUUGAGCCAACAUGCAUCUUUUGGAGGACGUUACUCAAUGGAUGUAGGAUUUGGGGUGAUUUGGAAUUGGGUUUUUAUGCGGCUAAUCGUAUUUUGGAACUUGAUCCUUAUAAUUCAAGUGCGUGCUUAAUGGUCAUUGACAUUUAUGCAUCAGCUGGUAGAUGGAAAGAGGUUUUAGAGAUGAGGAGACAGAUGAGGAAAAGAGAAGCAAGGAAGGAGUUGGGUUGUAGUUGGAUUGAGAUAAAGGGGAGGAUACAUUUAUUCACUACUAGGGAUGACACUCAUCCAGAAGCAGAUCAUAUUUACCUAACACUUCUGUUGUUAUCAUGUGAUAUUGCCCAUAUUGUCAGAAAUUAA